AUGACUGAAAGCCCGAACGUAAAGCGGAAAGCCUCGGAGGAGGCUCUUUCCCCAGAUUCUCAACAACAGAGCAAGAAAGCGCGCACAAACUCCCCGGAACGGGACUUGAAGACCGAAGAUGAUCCGUUAGAGAAGCCGGCGUUGCGAAUCGUUCCUUUCCCCGAGAAGCCUGCAGUACUGGAAGAGCGCCGAGGCGAAAUCGAAUUCCGGGUUGUCAACAACGAUGGUUCUCGCGACAGCUUCGUGGUCCUUACCGGGCUGAAAUGUAUCUUCCAAAAACAGCUCCCAAAAAUGCCCAAGGAUUAUAUCGCGCGAUUGGUCUACGAUAGGUCUCAUCUUUCGAUUGCUAUCGUUAAGCAUCCGCUGGAAGUUGUCGGAGGUAUAACUUACCGGCCGUUUAAUAGCCGCAGGUUUGCAGAGAUAGUGUUCUGUGCCAUUUCGUCAGAUCAGCAGGUCAAGGGAUAUGGCGCGCAUCUAAUGUCGCACUUGAAGGAUUACGUCAAAGCAACUUCAGACAUUAUGCACUUUUUGACCUAUGCCGAUAACUACGCCAUUGGGUAUUUCAAGAAACAGGGGUUCACAAAAGAGAUUCAACUGGACCGGUCUAUAUGGAUGGGAUACAUUAAAGAUUAUGAAGGGGGGACAAUUAUGCAGUGCACAAUGCUGCCAAAGAUCCGGUAUCUCGAAUCGGGGCGCAUGCUGCUGAAACAGAAAGAGGCGGUUCACGCGAAAAUUCGUGCCUUCAGCAGGUCACAUAUCAUCCAUCCGCCGCCUAAGGAGUGGAAGAAUGGGGCUGUCAAGAUCGACCCAUUAAGCAUUCCCGCCAUCAAGGAGUCGGGAUGGUCACCCGAUAUGGACGAGCUUGCCCGUCAACCACGACACGGACCCAACUACAAUCAGCUCUUACAUCUUCUCAACGAUAUGCAAAACCACAGUGCAGCAUGGCCGUUUACUCAACCUGUUAAUAAGGAUGAGGUUGUUGACUAUUAUGACAUUAUCAAGGAGCCAAUGGAUCUGUCGACAAUGGAGGAGAAACACGAGAAGGACAUGUACCCGAUGCCACAAGACUUUAUCAAAGACGCCACAUUGAUGUUUGACAAUUGUCGCCGAUACAAUCCUGAAAGCACGCCCUACGCUAAAAGCGCGAAUAAGCUGGAGAAGUUCAUGUGGCAACAGAUUCGAAACAUCCCCGAGUGGUCGUGGUAA